AUGUCUGGGUCUUGCACGGUCAAGACCUGUUGGAUGCGGCUUCCAUCGUUCCGGGUCAUCGGAGAUCUGUUGAAGGACAGAUUCGAUGGCGCUUCUCACAUCACUUCGGAGAAUAGGAGAAACAGGCACAAGUAUGGUUUCCAGUUGAAACCAUUCAACCCAGACCACAAACCUCCAGGUAUCAAGGAUCUCGUCUACUACGAGAUGUCGCCUGGUUUUUGUGAAAAGAACCCAAAACUGGGCAUCCAAGGAACACAUGGGCGGCAAUGCAACGAAACGUCAUUUGGCGUGGACGGCUGUCAAAUCAUGUGUUGCGGGAGGGGUUACAGGGUACAAGAAGUGAUGGUGGUGGAAAGGUGUAACUGCACCUUUCAUUGGUGUUGCGAAGUGAAAUGCGACAUUUGCAGAACAAAAAAGGUCUUGCAUACGUGCAUCUAAACUUUAUACUUCCGGACUAAAUAGUAUAGGAAUUUUAGAGCUGAUUGUACGUAAUUGGUUGUGAUAUUUUUUUAUAAUUACUAGAGCUACUCUACGGAAUGAAGGAACGAGGUGAAAUAAUACAUCUUUGUCGUGCUUUCAUUGCCGUCAGUUUUCAAUAUGUCAACUGUUGUUGCUUCAGAAGGAAAAAUUUCUUCAAACACAUGCUGAUUAUUCAUUUAAUUUUUGUUAAAUUACUUGUUAUUUCACCUAUAUAGUAUAAUCAAGUACCAAAUUUGAAAAGAGCUAAGAGUGUGUAGGAUGUUUCCAUUCCAGUAUUGGAGGAUGAUACGUAUAACCUUAUCUGCCUAUCCUAAAGAUUUCGUGGAGUAGCUCCUCAAAAUUGCCAAGCUCUACAAAAUUUCCGUCGACGCUAAACUUUGCCGAAAUUCGUCGUACUAUAUUUUAGCGACACUAGUGCCAAAAGUGUUCGGAAAAUUCGUCUGAUCAGUAUUAUGAGGUGUGUGUACAAUAAUUCGAUGAAAAGACUGAUAAUAGAAACUCGACAUAUUUCUUCUGUAAAUAGCUAUUUAUUUGAAUCCCUUAGCUCUUAGGUCAAAUCGUGAUACAGUAUUUUUACGACAUUUUAUUUAUUAAUAAAAACUGGAUUGACUCUCUGAAAAAUAUAUCCUUUAGAGAAAAUGUAAUAACUAUUAUUUUUUUGGAAUCUUUGUAUCUACUUCAAAAUACGUAAUCAAAUACUAAUUUUUUUCGAACUACGAGUAACGAAUUGUACCCAAUGCCAUUGAGCUUAGACUUUUCCGAGUUGUUUUUCAUAGAGCAGUCAGCAACAUAGAUGUUAAUCAAAAACCAGUACUACGAAAUUGUGAAUGCAAACCGCAGUUUGGUAUUGAAUUCGUUCGUCUUUCUAAAAAAUGUACAUAUGAAAAUCAGCAUAGAACCGUAUCUCAGUGUAAUAUAUUCUCUAAUUUAUUAUAUUUCUUAU